CAAGGAGGUUACUUAACAGCAAGUGGGGGUUAUCCAGCCUCUCCCUAUACCCCUAUGAUGCAACACAUGGCAAUGAUGGAGGACUCAGCUGCGCAUUCACCCGACGAGUAUCAACCUUAUCCAACUACUCCAGGACCUAUCCAGCAACAGCCCAAGUAACACUGUAUAAAGCUAGGCUUUAUUGUAUUGAAAAUUGCACUACUGUCCUCAUGAAGUGUGUGACCAGAAAAAGAAUCACGGUGCCCAGUGUUCUCAGGGCACAGUCCUGUUGUUGACUGAAGAAAAACACAUUUCAACACAGAUCCUUCAUCACUACCAACAUUAUGUGGACUCUGUUAGUUUAUAUAUGAGUCUCCUCUUAAGAUACUACGUCGAGGCCUCUGCCUGGGUGCAAUGAGGCCAUGAAAUAUCUUUGGGGAAGCGCACAGUCUUCUCUUGGAAACUCAAGAACAUCACAACAUAGUGAGUUCCAUGAUGAGAAAAGAUAUCAUGUCCAAGCAGUUGGGAGAGUCAGAUAUUUUGACUCCUACUCCAUUUAAAGCUCUUGUUGAGCAGAAAAUUCAUGUGAUCAUUUGUAGUGUGGAGGAGAAUUCACCCAAUUGCAAUCAGGUAACAAAAUUCCAGUACUCAUAUGAAAUUUGUAAAAAUGGGCCAUUUUGAAAGACCUGUGAUUCAUUUAGAAAGAAGUUUAGAUUGACUAGAGUAGAGUUAUUUCUUGUUAAGCAAGUGCAACCUUAUGGGGGGAGGGGUUAUUUGAAAUAAAUGAAGAUUUUUGGAGAAAUUAUAUAAUUAGUGAAGAAAAUUGAUAAAGUGAUUAUUUGUGCUCUACCAUUAACAAUAUUACACAUCUGAACAAUUUAUGAUGAUAUACAUCAUUAUGAAUAUUGUUCCAAAUCAUUCUUCUAUUCAGGAAGUGUCUGAAUGUGUAUGUUGGUGUUAUUUAUUAAUAUUUUAUUCAUAAAUCAGCCUGCUUGUAGAAAGUGAUUCUGCAGGCUUAUGUAUGAGGAUAUAGGCUUUUUCUUCACAUCUCCGAGGCUUGUGAAUGAAUUUAGGC